AUGUGCGGUAUAUUCUUCUCUUUGAGUGCAUCCGAGCAUGUGUUGCCUCAAGUAAAGACCACGACAUGGCUUCGAAACCGAGGACCUGAUAAUUACUAUACUCAUCUAGUGAAGCUAGAAAGUCCCCGUGGCGCUGAAGUGUCGACAACCACUCCAGAGACCAUAUAUCUUACAUUUAUUUCAUCGGUUCUUGCAUUGCGAGGCGAUCACGUCACUAGCCAGCCGCUUGUGGAUACGAAGAGUAAUUCUGUCCUCUGCUGGAACGGCGAAGCAUGGAAAGUCAACGGCGAGCUCGUUGAUGGGAAUGAUACAGAACUAGUUUUUCAAAAGUUCAUUGAAGCUAUCCAAUACCACCAUGAUGCUGGUGAAUUGGAAGCAGAAGAUAAAUCCGUUGAUAGACUAACAAACAUCAUCAGCAACAUUACAGGACCAUUUUCCUUUGUGUUCUACGAUGGAGUUCAUCGCAGAUUAUAUUUCAGCCGAGAUUGUCUUGGAAGGAGGUCUUUGCUUCAUGGUCAAGACGACUAUGGAAAGCUCAGGAUAUGCAGUGUCUGUGAUGGAUCGCCAGGGGCUGCUUUUGAUGAGGUGGAGACUGACGGACUGCAUAUGAUUGACCUUUCUCGAAUUUUGCUUUCAACCGACACGCCUGAUGGCACACCCAAAAUAUUUUAUCAGGUGGAGGUGAUUCCAUGGUCAUAUGGCUCAGUGGAAGCACCACUAUUGAAAAACCCAGUCGCUCCGAUGCAUCGAACAUUGCCGAGCACAGAUCCACCGUCUUUAUCUUUAUCCUCUCCGUGUGUACAGGCACUGGAACAAGAGCUUCGUCAAUCAGUAGAAAUCCGCGUUCGAAAUAUACCACAAUUAGGACGCGGGUCUCCUGGAGCUGAUGCCAAGGUUGCGGUGCUAUUUUCUGGCGGUUUGGACUGCACGUUACUCGCCAGGCUUUCCCACGACGCGCUUCCAAAGGACGAGAGUAUUGACUUGAUCAAUGUCGCUUUUGAGAACCCUCGUGUUGCAGCCGCUUUGAAGGCCAAGCACGAAAAAGAGAACGGCAAAGAACAAAUGCCAUCUAUCUAUGAAAGCUGCCCAGAUCGUAUCACAGGUCGGGCUGGGCAUGCCGAACUACAAAAAGCUUGUCCGGAUCGCGUCUGGCGAUUCGUCGCUGUCGACGUACCGUUUCAAGAAUUUACUGCACAUCGAGAUGAGGUCAUUCAGCUUAUGCGACCACACAAUACCGAGAUGGAUCUAUCUAUUGCUUGUGCUUUGUACUUUGCAUCUAGAGGGCAAGGUACUGUGGCUACCAGCGAUAGUAGCGAUACAACUACAAUAUAUACAACAACAGCAAGAGUCUUGCUCUCUGGCUUGGGUGCAGAUGAACUUUUCGCUGGCUAUGGACGCCACGGAAUCGCUUUUGCUCGCAAAGGAUUUCAAGGUCUCAUUGAUGAAAUCGAUCUAGACGUUGGUCGUCUCGGUAAACGAAACCUCGGCCGUGAUGACCGCGUCAUAUCGAACUGGGGACGCGAAGCUCGUUUCCCAUUCCUUGACGAGGAGUUUGUAUCCUGGACCACACAGACACCUGUCUGGGAACGGUGUGGGUUCGGCACAGCGAAAGCAGAACCCGUACCAAACAAUGAGUUUGACCGGAUUGCAGAAAGCCUUGAUUCUGAAAAGAAAGCCCUUCGCUUGCUGGCGUUGAAACUGGGCAUGGUACAGACGGCGCAGGAGAAAAAACGAGCUAUUCAAUUUGGCUCUAGAACAGCUAAGAUGGAAAGUGGUAGGAGUAAAGGAACUCAAACAAUUUAG